AUGUCUGGUGAUACCUACAAUCACGUUCAAUCGCGCUACGGGUUUGUUGCCAAAUACAGUGAUAACAUCCAGCAUAGAGAAGUGGAAAAGAAUGUCUCCAGGGCAUUCGGCUACACUGCGGAGGAUCUUAAGGGCGAAACGGUUCUGGAUCUUGGCAGUGGCAGCGGCAUUGAUGUGCUUCUGGCGGCUCGUAAAGUUGGCCGCAAUGGACAGGCCAUCGGCAUUGACAUGACAAAAAAGAACAUCCAAAAGGCAGGCCUGUCCAAUGCAAAGAUCAUCGAAGCCAAUGUCAACUGCAUACCGCUGCCUGACUCCAGCAUUGACUGCAUUAUCAACAACUGUGUUAUCAACUUGGUGCCGGCGACAGACAGAGAGGCCGUUUUUAAAGAGAUUGACCGACUCCUCAAGCCAGGUGGAAGAGUAGCAAUCGGUGAUAUCCUGGCUAGGAAACCGCUCCCGGAUACCAUUACCAAAAACAUGGCUCUUUAUGUUGGGAGAUACGGCAAAAUGGCGUAUUCCGUUACUGCUCAACCUGGGCCUAGUAUCCCCUCAUUCAUUAACACAUUCCCAUCUCUCGCAAUAUCUGAGAGCGAGGAUGACUCCAAUAUUCGCCAUAAAUAUCGCCCCUUUCUUCUCGACGACGGCGCAUCUGACGACUGGGUCAACAAGUUAGAGUUAACAAUCGCCAUGGAGAUGGCAGCGCAGGAGCUGCGACAAUCAAACAACAGAUUGAAAGUGCUAGUGUUGUACGGCAGUCUCCGCCAAAGGUCUUAUUCGCGUCUCGUGGCAUUGGAAGCUAGCAGGAUUCUGUUCCGCCUAGGGUGCGAUGUCCGCGUGUUCAAUCCCGACGGUUUACCAGUCAAAAAUGAUACCGAUCACGACCAUCCUAAGGUGCAGGAACUCCGAGACCUCAGUAAAUGGAGCGAUGGGCAUGUUUGGAUAUCGCCUGAACAGCAUGGCAACCUGACCGCCGUAUUCAAAAAUCAGAUCGAUUGGAUCCCGUUAACCACAGGCAGCGUGCGUCCCACACAGGGCCGGACGCUUGCUAUCGCGCAAGUAUGUGGCGGGUCGCAAUCGUUCAAUGCUGUCAAUUCCCUGCGGAUACUCGGCCGGUGGAUGCGCAUGUUUACAAUUCCCAAUCAGUCAUCUAUCCCGAAGGCAUAUACCCAUUUCCCAGAUGAAGGUCAACCGGGGGACCAGAGACUUCUCCCUAGUGGUAACCGGGACCGGUUGGUUGAUUGUAUGGAGGAGUUCGUGAAAUAUACCAUCCUCAUGCGACCUCACCUGGACCUUUUUGGUGAUCGGUUCAGCGAGCGGGAAGAGAAGCGGAUCAAGGAGAUGAAGGAACGCGCCAAACAAGCAUAA